GCGCGUACGUCGCGUGCACGUAAUCUUGAGGUCAAGGUUCAUAUUUUUGUUAACUCAUUCAUUCGCACGUUGAAUGAUUUGAAAGUGGCAUACAAAUCUCCGGGAAUUUUUCAAAAUGCCAUCAUAUAAGAUCAACGUUAAGUGGGGGAAGGAGAAGUUCAGUGAUAUAACAUGCAACACGGAGGAGACUCCCGAGGUUUUGAAGGCUCAGAUGUUUGCCCUGUCAGGCGUGUACCCUCAGAGGCAGAAGAUCAUGCUCAAGGGGCAGGUGCUCAAGGAUGACGAGUGGGGAAACUUCAAGCUCAAAGAGGGUGUCACUCUCUUGAUGAUGGGGUCAGCGGAAACCUUGCCAGAAGCUCCUCAAGAAAAGACUGUCUUUGUGGAAGAUAUGACAGAAGAGGAACUUGCCACAGCUAUGGAGCUGCCUUGUGGUCUAACCAACCUCGGUAAUACAUGCUACCUGAAUGCUACUCUACAGUGCCUCCGAAGUGUACCGGACCUUCGAGAACAGCUCAGAUCGUAUCAAGGUAACAUGAACAUGGCCAUAGCUGCCAGUGCCCCUGCUGAAUCCAUGACCGUGGCCAUCAAGGAUCUUUACACCGUCAUGGACAAGAAGUCUGAAGCUUUCCCUCCCAUCAUACUCCUCCAGCUCCUCCAUCUUGCAUUCCCACACUUUGCGGAGAAGAGUGAACAUGGCGGAUUCCAACAGCAGGAUGCCAACGAGUGCUGGAUACAACUUGUACGACUUCUGCAGCAGAAAUUGCCCGCUGUGAAACCGAGUGACAGUAUACCUGCUGUUGAAGGAGCGCCCGCUGCUGCAGGAGCUGUGGCCAAGAGAACAUUUGUAGAUCAGUACUUCGGCUGCGAGUUUGAAAGCAUGUUAAAGUGCAUAGAGUCGGAAGAAGAACCUCCUGUGAAGUCCAAAGAGACAUUCUAUCAGCUCAGCUGCUUUAUCACACAAGAAGUCAAGUAUCUUCAUACAGGACUCAAAAACAGAUUGCAAGAGUCUUUAGUGAAGAGCUCUCCCACACUCAACAGAGAUGCACAAUAUCUCAAAGAGUCUAAAAUCAGCAGACUACCUGGCUAUCUAAUAGUUCAGUUUGUCCGAUUCUACUACAAAGAGAAAGAAGCCAUCAGUGCUAAGAUCUUAAAGGAUAUUAAAUACCCGAUGACCCUAGAUACGUAUGAACUUUGUUCACCUGAGCUCCAAGAAAAGCUGGUCCCUGUCAGGGAUAAAUUCAAAGAAAUGGAGGACAGGAACCUGGAGCUUGCACAAAAGGCAAAGGAUGCGGCCAAGGGCGGAAACAAGAGUGCAGCAGUAACCACAGAACCCAAAAAGGAUGUCAAGUACCUUCCAUACGACUUCCCAGACGAUAUUGGGUGUAAUAACAGUGGCUACUAUGAGCUCCAGGCUGUGCUGACCCAUCAAGGAAGGUCAAGCUCAUCAGGUCACUACGUAGCAUGGGUCAAGAAAAUAAGAGAUGAAUGGAUCAAAUUUGACGACGACAAGGUGACCCCAGUCCACAGCGAGGACAUCCUGAAGCUGUCAGGGGGAGGGGACUGGCACUGCGCCUACGUCGUCGUCUAUGGCCCCAAGAGGCUGGAGGAGAUGCCUCCGGAAACAAAAAAAGCAGAAGAAAAGUCAGAAGAUGUCCCAAUGGAAUAAAGAGGAAUUGUUUAUAUUAUGUCAGGGAUGCCAGUUUUCAGGCAAAAGCCUGAAUUCAGGCCCUGGCGAUUUAUAUUGAAGCCAUAGUUUGGGAUUUUUGUGUGUGUACAAAAUAGCUCAUUCUAGGUGAUUUUCAGGCCCUCGGAUCAAUUCAACAUGUAACUGGCAUCCCUGAUAUUUAUGUGUCUCUGUGUCUCUCGGUAAGAGGCGCUACUGAAUUGGGAUGUGUCAAGUUUUUUUUUUUUGGGGGGGGGGGGGGGAUGACAUUACGAAAUCUCUGUCUGCAAAUUUGAAUAUUUGAGGACCUUAUUUAUCCGCAGUAGUAAUUAAUUAUUGGAAAUGUGCACCCUAUCUCAUUUGCGAAGGGGGUAAGAUAUUGAGGAGGAUUGCUGAAAAUAUGUGGGAAACUUACAUGGAAAUCGGCCCAACACUUUGAAAACAAAUAAACUUCUAGCAAUGCCUCUGUGUCUUACUCUUCUCGUCUUAUUACUGUUUAAAAAAAGGAAAUCUGUAUCGAUUGUCCUAAUAGCUUCAGAUAAAUUAUUUAAGGUAAUCUUAAUUGCAUAGAGUAAGGAAAAUAGAUUAUUUGAUUAUAAACAAACCGCUUUUUACAUUUUGAUACCACAAAAUUAUUGACUAGAACUGAUUAUUCCUGUCAGGAAAUUAGGUAAAUAUAGGAUAAAAGCGCUUUAUUGAAUUUUUAGAAUAACAGAUAUUUCGAUACAAAUAGAAUAUCUGUAGAUACAUUCUUUUAAAUAGGGGAGAAUGGGAGGAGGGGGAUGGGUUGAGGUUUAAUACAUAGCUAAUUUUUUUUUCUUCUCCUGCUGUGUACAGAAAGAGCCAUUUUCCAAAUAAGUAAAACUUAUCAAAAGUAAGGUAUUAUCAUCAUCAUUUGAAUCUAUUUUCAUCUCUCUUAGUCUCUUUGUACAAGCAUCUUUUCCUAACCUGCUUUAGUGUUAUAGAGAGGAACAUUAUUAGGAAGAGUGUAUGAAUAAAUCCCAAAACCAGGAUUAUAAUUCCAAAGCAGUUUCGAAAGCACAGAGACUUUAUAUCGUGAUGGCAUAUGGACUAUAUAUGUAUGAAUGGAAUGUUCUUAUUUUUAUUGUUGUCCCGGCAGUAGAUAACUACAUAUUUGAAACAUGUGGAUACAAUUUCGCUACAUAUAUCAGAAAGUAUUCAUUACAAAAAUGGAUCGUUCUCGAUUUUCUUAUCAGAGGUCUUAUUCGAAUCUGUUCCAAAACUGAUAUUUUUGUGUAAAUGAAUAUUGUGUCAAAAAGCAAUGUGAUUGCUAAAUCGACUCCAUUGUUCUGCCCCACUCUCUUAUUCAAUUGUGAGGCUAGUCUUUAUUCCAUUCAAUUUAAUUAAUGUGCAUGAAUUAUCAACAUGAGGAAUGAUUGAAGUAUACAUAAAGAGCUGGAUGAAAAUCUGAAAAAUAAAUAUUCUGUACUUCCAACA